GUCCUUCCUAUCUAUUUCCUAUCGUUCUACCGGUGCUGCCUGAGUUUCCUCUGCAUCUGAUCGAGUCUGUUCUCCAACUGCGUCACCUGAGACUGAAGCUGCUGCUUCGUCUCAGACAAACUCUACACACACCAACACAACCACAACCACACACACAUGGCCAAUCAAUAUUCACAACCACCCCCCACCCCCACCCACGCCAGCCCGUGCCCAUUCUCCUUCGUGCUGACCGACCUCACCUCGAAGGACAGCAGCUCCGCCAGCAGUGUCUCCUUCUCUCUGGUUUUGGCCUCUGCCAGUCGCGCCUCCUCGCGGCUUCGCAACACGGCCUUGUUGAGGCUGCAGACCAGGGCCUCCUUCUCGCUCACUGAAGACGUCAGCUGCUGGUCGUACGCUCGCAGGACGGCCCUCUCGGUGGCAAAGAGCCUCUCGAGGUCGAGCAGCCGGUGCUCUACCGUGUGCAGGUCUGGCCAGGGUGGGGGGACACAGACAGAAGAGGUGUCUCCUUCCCUCCCUCUGUGUGUCUCUCUCUCUCUGUGUCUGUCUGUCUGUCUGGAUGGAUGGAUGGAUGUCGUGUGCAUACCUUACCCCUGUUGAGUUGGAGCCUUCUCCGUGUGAGCAUGUGUAUCUCGGUGCCGAUCAGGACGGCCUCGUGCUGCAGCGCCGCCUCCGCACUCAUGCGCUCAAAGUGAAACCGCUGCUCCUACACACACACCACACACACACACACCACACACACACACACACACAUAUCGGCAUUUGCAAUGGGAGAGGGGCGGGGGGGGAUCCACCUUGAGGAUCCACUGCUGUUCCUCCGCGACGAGUUUGGACCUGAGUUGCUCGCUGGCCUCCUCGGCGGCCUCCACCUCGUGCAGCAACACUCGAAUGUGCGACACCGCCUCGCGAGACGCUCCCGCCUCACUCUCGUGACGCAGCAACGCCUUCUUGCGCAGAUGCACCUACACACCACACACAACACAACACAACACCCCAGUGGCUGGUUGGCUGGUUGGGCGUUCGUGUGUGUUGAAUGGCAUUUUUGCCUACGAGCUGGUCGCUGAUCUCCUGUUGCUUGAGGGCCUUUUGGUAGCUGGCCCAUGAGGGGCUGUGCAGGUGGUCGCCGCAGAGGACCAGCCGGUCCCUUAUGCACCGCUGCUGAGUGCGGUGGAGGUGCUGCAGCUCCUCCAGCAACGACACGGCCUCCAUCCCACGACGGCCAUACAGCUGAUAUAUCGAAGCAGGGAGGCGGGAGGCGUGUGAGUUGUGUCUCCGUGUGUGUGUGGCGCGUGCACAGAGAUACCUCUUGCAGAUGGCGGUGCAGCUCUUGUGGCGUCGGGCAUGGAUACGCCUGGUAAAGGAGGGAGGGGCGACACAGCCCGUCGGUCUGUCUGAUAGCUUGGUUGUUUUGCGUGCUCACUGCUUUGACGUGCGUCUGCAGCAGCUCUCUGAUGCUCUCACUGGGCACACCAGGCGGCCCCUCCAUGCCCUCACCCUACACACACACACACACACAUGCCGGUGACCUCCCCAGCCCCCACUCAGUGACCACCCACCCACCAUGAGUGCCUUGACCAGCGGACCGUCCCCUCCUCCACGCAACACCUCGGCAACAACGUCACACCCCUCAGCAAACUCCACAACGAGCCCUCCACUGUCUGGUACAUCGGCGAAGGCCGCGGCGCCCAGCAGGUGCAGCGACGACAGCAGGCGGGGCUUGCUCGACAUGGCGGCGAGAGAGCCACCGGGGAUGACAACCGACCUGCAUGGCAAAUGGACGAGUCACUGACGCCUUCAUGUGUGUGUGGGAGGGGGGAGGAGAGGGGGAUACCUUCUGAUCGCGGCUUUGCGGUCCAGCAGGUCUGCUACCGUGCCUACAGCCACGGCACCGGAUGAAGUAUCUGAGACGAAUGAGCACCACUGAGACAGUCAAUAUGUUGUCACUCCUGCCUGCCUGCCUGCCUGCCUGCCUGCGUCUCUGUCUGACCGAUCUGCAGUGCCUGCAUCAUGUCGGAUGCCUUGAGCAGCUCAGGCUGCGUCAUGACCAACACACCCUGCCACACACCUGCGCGCCAUCUCGUCCACACACAUAAAAUACGUCCACACACCGGGAUGAAUCUCACCCUAAGGCGCCGCACCUGUCAGUGCCGUGUCGAGCAGCCGCGCGAUGCUGACGAUGUCCACCCUGCCGUCCGUCGCAGAAUGCUCCAGCCAACCUGCACACACACAAAGAAAGAACCACCACAGAAAGCUGCACACACCCUCAAUCAAGCCAAUGUCUCCGGUGCGCACGAUGCGCUCACUCUGGCAUUUGGUCCGUCGCUGCUGGUGGAGGGUCCCCACGUGUGUGUCGAUGGCAUCGAUGACAGCCGUGACGGAGACCCUCCACUGCCCCCUGAAGUAUGUCCGCCAUAUCUGCUGGAGGGCACCGCUGCAGAAGUAGUUCUCGGGGUCGAGGCCACGCAGCACUCUAGAUAGAGACAAAGCAAAGAGACACACAGACGGCUGGGAUGGAUGGAUGGAUGGAUGGAUGGAUGGAUGGCUGGAUGGAAAGAUGGGCGUGUGACGUCGGCACUCACUCUGCAGGCUUGAGAGGUGGUGACUCCGAGACGGUGUAGUGGUCCAGCGCGCCGAUGGACCUCACCGCCCACUGCAGCUGACCCGCUAGACGGCGCAAACCGAUCAAACACGACUUCGUCACACACACACACACACACAAGCGAAGGGCGCGGCGAAUGACACGCAGUGACGGCCGGCAGCAGAAUCCUGCUUCUCACCUGCAGCUCCCUCUUGACGGGCAGGGCGUCCAGCAGCGCCUGCCGCUCCGUCGGGGCUUCUGGCUCGGGAGCACUGGCGCUGCACUGCUCGCCGAUGCUCUGCCUGACCCGGGCAAACACUUCGAGGAAGGCCAGCAGGAGGAGCCGCACAUUUCGCAGCGACUCCUCGAUGGCACUCACAAACACCGACAGAGACGAACUCUGCACACACACAGACAUACAUACAUACAUACAUACAUACAGACAGACAGACAGACAGACAGACAGACAGACGGCGAGCUGACGUAAUUGCACUGGAUAGCGCCUUGCAUGGCACACUCUCACCGGGGCGCCUUGGCUCCCCUCUGCAUCGAUCUCCACCACCUUGUCCACGAGCGGCAGCUUGGCCUCCAGCCGCCGCAGCACCGUCAGUGCUAGCCGGUGGGCGGGGCUGCCACAAAGCCGUGGAUGCAGCUCCGGGAGCUGCUGAACGAGGCCAAGACACGAGCUGGUCAGAUCAGCCAGAGACGAUGUCGAGCUCAUGAUGGGAUAUAUAAGGGGCAGUGAGGGGGAGAGGGGGAGGCGCUUGACCCAGCUAGAUGCACUUAAGGUCACAAUGGGGGGCAGCUGAAUCG